AUGGCAACUUCAAGAGGAGUCAGUGUUAGAUCAUUUUAUGGAUAUCCAAGGAAUGCAGUGUCUUCCACAGUAAAAUUUGUUCCUAUUCCAAAUAAUAUUAACAAAAGUGAUGAUGAGUUUGACUUUGAAAGUGACAAUGACUUAGAAAAUUUUCCACAUAGUGAGACUCUAAGUGAAUCUGAGUUUGAGGAUAGUUCAAGUGAUAGUUCAACAGAGAGUAAUGAAAUGCAUAUAAGUUGUAAUAUGCAGUCAACAAAACAUGCACCAGUUUCAAAAAAAAGUAAAUCUAAUGAAGAUUCGAUUCAAUGGAACCUAAGUGAUGCUGAUUGGACAAUACCUUACAAUUAUUCAGAAAACAAUGAAAAAUUGUCAAUUAACAAGAACACGUCUGAUAUUUUAAACCGAUUCUCUUCAUCAAUCGAUUUCCACAAAUUGUUUGUUACUGAUGAACUAAUGGGUUUUAUUAUAAACCAAACGCAGCUUUAUAAUGAAUGGAGAUAUUUAAAGAUUGGUACUCGCAGAGUGAAAAAUAUUGAAAAAGAUGAGUUAAAAAAAGUGAUUGGAAUUAUUUUAUACAUGGGAAUUAUGAAACUUCCAAACAGAAGAAUGUACUGGAGUUCUUCUACACGAAAUGAAUUAAUAGCUUCUGCAAUGACAAUAAAUCGUUUCGAUGAAAUAAUGUCUAUUUUGCACUUUAAUGACAACAAUAAAAUGCCUGAUAAAGACUCUUCUAAUUAUAAUAAAUGUUAUAAAGUACAACCUCUAAUUGAUCAUUUUCGUUAUAUAUUUUCAACAUUAGUUAACCCAGAGACUGAAAUGUCCAUAGAUGAACAGGUUGUACCUUUCAAAGGUGCACAUUCGCUAAAGAGAUAUUUACCAAAGAAACCAAAAAAAUGGGGCUAUAAAAUUUGGGCAAGAGCAGGGAUUUCAGGAUAUGUAUAUGAUUUUGAAAUUGAAGGUGGGAUAGGCACCAAAGGACCUCCACCAGGAUGUAAUCCACCUAAGCAGUGUGGUGAAAGUGCAUUUGUUGUUUUACGGUUGUCUAAUAGUUUGCUGCCUUUCAAGCAUACACUAUAUUUUGAUAACUAUUUUGCAUCACCUGAAUUAAUGAUUUUCCUAAGAACCAAUUAUAAGGUAUGGGCAUUAUCAACUCUUAAUCCAAACCGUUCUCGGAAUUGUCCAAUACUAUCUGAAAAAGAAAUGAGAAAGCUUGGUCGUGGAUAUAUCAAAGAAUUUGUUGAUACAAACAAUAAAAUUGUUGUUGCAUCCUGGUUUGAUAACAAGCGUGUACUUACCUUGUCUAAUUAUAUUGGAAAAAACCCAGUAGGUACAUGUAAACGUUAUGAUGCCAAACAGAAAAAAAAAAAUUGA